UCUAUUUAUUGUCUAUCUCAUUUUUCCUCCAAGGGACUCAGUGGGCGAGCAGAAAGAUUUAUUUCUUUUUUCUCAAAGGAAGCGAUGCUCAAAGUGAAUAUCAAUGAAAAAAUUUAAAUCGAUAUACUAACUUGUAUUUCAGCUAGUAUGAUAGAAACACAGAAAAACACAGGUGUCUUUCAAUUAGCAUUUCUUAGACUAGCCUACUUCAAGAAAUGGCUUUUGUGGGGAAAAAUUGGAGUGUUUUGCUAUACAAGUUUUUGCUCUUGAAGGACAGAGGAUAUUUUAAAGAAAAACAUUUAAAACAGUGCUUCCAAUUUUUUUCCUUCAUUACCUAAGAUUGCUUAUCAGAAAGUCCUUAUUACCCAAUAAAGUUCAAGAUUUCACAUCUUGGGACAACUAAAAUCAUCCCCAGGAAGACCUCAGACAUAUCCAGUUCUUUAUUGUAGGGGAGUCACAAAAUGAUAACAUGCUAAGCAAAUCAGUACCUUCCCAACCCCCCCCCCCAUGUUUUUUUUAAAGAAAUGAUGGAGAUAAAUAGCACUGCUGUGACAGAAUUCAUUCUGCAAGGAUUUACAGAAUACCCAAAGCUACAGAAUGGUCUUUUCCUGAUAUUUCUUAUAAUCCACCUUUGGAUCUUGUUAGGUAAUCUGGGAAUGGUUGUGUUGAUCAGAAGUAGUCCUCACCUUGAGACUCCUAUGUAUUUCUUCUUGCAACAUUUUUCAUUAAUGGAUGCCUGUAUAGCCUCAACUGUUGCUCCUAAGAUGCUGCUGAACCUCCUUGCAAAGAGAAAGACCAUCACCUAUGGUGGCUGCAUUGUCCAAUUUUUCCUUUUUUGCACUUUUACAGAUGUGGAAGCCUUCCUUCUGGCUGCCAUGGCAAUUGACCGCUAUGUAGCUGUUUGCAAACCCUUGUCUUACACAGUUAUCAUGUCUAGAUCCUUCUGUCUCUGGCUGCUUUGGGGAGCAUAUGUUGGGGGUGUGUUGAGUUCUCUCAUUCAUAGCUGUGCAUCUUUAAGGCUCUCUUAUUGUGGAAGGAACUCAAAUAACCAUUUCUUUUGUGACCUGGCUGCUCUGAUGGCCCUUGCCUGUUCAGAUACUUCCCUCAAUGAGCUGCUGCUCUUCACUUUUGGCAUCUUGGUUGAAGGCUUGAACACUGUGACUAUUGCUGUCUCCUAUGGCUUCAUCAUCAUAGCAGUUGUCAAGAUGCACUCCUCAGGAGGCAGGCUGAAAACCUUCUCGACCUGUGCUUCCCACCUGACAACCUUUGCUUUGUUCCAUGGCACCAUCCUCUUUAUGUACUUCCGACCCAAAUCCAGCUUCUUCAUGCACACUGAUAAAAAAAUCUCAGUGUUUUACACUCUGAUCAUCCCCAUGUUGAAUCCUCUAAUUUACAGUUUGAGAAAUGCUGAUGUAAAGGAGGCCCUCAAAAGAUUGCUAAUGAAGACAAUAAACCCUCACUGAUGGUUUUAUUUUGGAUAGCUGCUUUCCAUCUUUCUUCCAAGGUGGUGCAUGUAGUUGUCUCCCAGGAUUGUUUUAUCUUCACAAUAGUAUUGGGAGGGAAGUUUGAAGGAGAAGGAUCCUGAGUAAGCUUUGACCCUGAUCUCCCAAUGCUAACUCAGCAAACUGAUCACUUCAUUUUGUUUUGUGAUCAACAAAAUACCUUUACAUAAAUGGGGGUGUUGAUCCAGAAGCUGAAGGAAGGAUAUAAGAACAUCA